GACUCCACGUCGCCCCUGCCCGGCCGUUAAAGCAUGAGGCCCCAAAUAAGCCGGAUUCCCUUAAGCUGGGUUCCCCGCAGAGCUACCGACGGCGGCGCAUACGUCAGUAAGUUCAUAGCCCGUGCCAUCUUGAGGGCCGGGCGUGGUGUUUUAAAAGCAACCCACCCCUCCCGCCACCUUAUGUGGAAAGUCUGCUGCCCUGAACCAAACGCUCGUUUUGACCAAGUCAAUCUCACGGGGUGCAGCUGCCUAAAAAAAACCCCCAUCCUCCUCCGUUCUUGAGGAUAUACAAUACCCGCCUUGGCCGGGGAGGAACUACGAAGCCUGACAGACUUUAAACCACCCGACGCCCUGAAGCUCGUGUAUCCUCGGGGGACAUACCUCCAGCUGCCGGCUCGAGCGAAGAAAGUCCCAAAACUCAAACCUUGGACUCUAGCUAAACGAACUGCUAGGUCAUGGCUUUUCCGCGGCCGCUACGAGGUGGCUGCCACUGCGGGCGUAAUCACUACACCAUAGACCUACCAGAGAACUGCGCGGACAUAGCACGGGUUCUGUUCGACACGGACCCUCGGCAUCGAACCUUCCAGGCCAGCCCCAUCUCGGCCUUCCUGCGGGUCCCCCUGUCGUGGUACCGCAGCGGCACCCGCGCCUACUUCCCGGACGAGGCGGCGGCGGCGAUCCGGCGGACGUACACGCACCCGUCGCAACGGCACUCCAAGCGCGGCUUCUGCGGCUUCUGCGGCACCCCGCUCUCCUACUGGUCCGAGGACCCACCCGCCGAGGCCGACUUCAUCCGCCUCACGCUCGGCAGCCUGUGCGGCGAGGACCUAGGCGACCUCGAGGACUUGGGACUCGUGCCCGGGACGCCGCCGUCAGACGAUGGUGGAGCCGAGGUGGUGGCACCAGCGGAGGGGGGCUGCCGAGGUCAGGCGGGCGGUGGUGGUGGUGGCGGGUUGGUCGCGCGCGAGACGCUCGGCGUGCCCUGGUUCGACUCCUUGGUGGCCGGGAGCAGGCUCGGGAGCCUGCGCGCGAGCAGGGCCGGCGGCCGGGGCCGCGACGGGCGCGUCACGUACGAGUGGGAGGUGGUCGAGUGGACGGCGGGCGGCGUCGACGACGGCGACGACGAGAUGGACGACGGCGGGGGUAGGGCCAGCCCGCACAAGCGGCUAAAACAAGACGACGGCGGGGACGCUGGGGGCGCCGAGCCUGCGCAGCGGCAGUGACUCCUGAGUACGCUGCGGUGCAUGUGAAGGUGGUAGCGGAGGAGCACGAGUAGAGGAGAGAGAGAGAGAGAGAGAGAGAGAGACAGACACGCAAAGAGGAGACGGCCCAGAUGGAUUUGGGGAAAGGUGCGGGGGAGGCCAGACAGGAUUGCAUCUCGGUGGGGUAGGAGGUAGGAUUCUGUAUGCAGGCCUUGGAUGGGGGAGCUCGCAAGCAGUGCCUCCGACGGACCUCCCGAGCGGGUUUUUGGCGAGGACCGGCAUGCCACGUAGCAGCAACUCUCUUUGGGGACAGGGAUAGGGUUGUGUGUAUGUGUAUGUGUGUGUGUGUGUGUGUGGGACAAGCUAAAGUUUAGCCUCGCCCCUUUUCUUUCUUGUGGACAAGGGAGGUGAGCAGGGCAAGGACGAGGCUCCCGCGGCUGCAACGCAUCCACCCCGACGACGCAGGUAGCGGCUACGAGGUCACCGGUACUUCACGUCACGCUAACAUGUAGGAGCUUGCGGGCUGCGCGCCGGUAGGAAAUGUGACCAUGCCCGCUAGCGUGUCACUCGCGGUCUAGCGAUGGCUGUGAAGACAAAGGAACACGAAGAACAGAAAAAAAAACAAGAAGGCAGCAAAGAAAACGUGGCGAGAUGGGAAGGAAAUCUGUCAGCCGAGGUCAUCUCGGCCGCGUGUCCCGGGCCGGAUGUCCAUGAGAUGCUGCACGCGGAUGGCGAGGGAUAUGGAUGAGCAGCCCUCCCCUGGUGGUUAUCUGUAUUGUAUUUGCAACUCAUAACAUGGCGGUCAUAUUGGUCCAACGAAAAAAAAGAAAGCACCAAAACAAGAAACGUUCACGUUAUUUCUUCACUUUGCAAUUUGCGGGAACCCGCAGAUCACCUCCCUCACAUCCACAUGUCCCGAUCUCGGCGGGUAUUUAGGAAAGCGACCAUCCUCUCGUCCGUCCCGCCUGGCAGGUAGUUCAUGUGUGUUUCGG